AUGUCGAAAACCAAAUUAUAUGUUGGUGGUCUUGUGGACGACGUCGGAAAUGAUCGACUUCACAGAACAUUUGAAAAAUUUGGAAAAAUUAAGAAAGUCUGGGUCGCUCGGAAUCCUGGUUCAAAAGGGUUUGCUUUCAUUGACUUCUAUGAGCCUGAACAUGCAAUGAAUGCUUCUGUAGAAAUGAAUGGAAAACACGUGUUUGGUUCCAACAUCAAAGUUGAACUUUCCACAAACGGUAUUGAUAACAACCUUUCUGAGAAACAUAAAAACGACCGAAACUAUGACAGUCGGAGAGGGAACCGGGAAUAUGACUUUCGGAGAGGAGACUCUCACUAUGACGAUCGGAGAGGGGACUGGGACCGGGACAGACGAAGGGGUGACAGAUGUCGCGAUUAUGCAAGACGGCGGUCUCCACCUCCGUAUCCAAAGAGAAGGUCGAAUGAAGAAGAUGACGAGGACUUUCGGCUUGCGGAUAUGGAUCAAACAUACCAGUCAGCAGUGCCACGAACCAUUGACAUCCUAAAGCAACUGGAAAAAGUAACUCGACAGCAACUUGAGCGAGAAUUUUUGAAAAAAAUCCGCCGAUUGUCUGAAAUUCGGUCAGACGGUGACCCACAAGAAAACCUGGAUCAUCUAUCGCGUCCUUUGGCGGAAAGCAGUCAUAUUUCCCAUCCUACACGGAACAGAGAUCUACGAAGUGAUGAUUCAUUUCUGAAAUCAGUCGAUCAAAUCUUCAGGGAUCAACAUAUGCAAGAGGAGACAGUAAUGUUUGACUCAAAUCCAAAUAAAUUCAACUCACAAUGCUCAAAUAUCCAAAGAGGACAUCGGUAUCUUUUACCUACACCAGACUUUCCAAAGUUAAAUAACUCGCAAAGUCCCAAUUUAUUCCCAGGAACUUCACACCUCCCCCAAUGGCAUAUCCCUAGUGGCAACCCCAGAGCACCGUGGAAUGUACAACAUCGGCCUUUUGGUAAUACGCGAAAGCACGUCAAUGGUAACCACAAAUAUGACUGGUACGGCAAGCAACACUACGGUUUUGGAUAUUUAUCUGCUGCUGACUCGUCGAUCAACAAAAAAGUCAAUACUUCUCAGCCGAAACCAUCUCCUCUUAAAGCGCCACCAGUGCAAGAACACCAAUCAACUGAUACCGCUAAUACUUCAUAA